AUGGUGUUAGGCUACAUACCGGGGUCCUCAAUAACUGGUGACCUCGACCUUGAAGGCCUGUGGGCCUUCUGCGAUCUAGCAAUUGGUGAUUUUCCGCCCGGCUUCAUUAAUCAACUCACCCCUAGCUCAACCAGGUUUCAUCUCUGUUUCCAAUCGCCUCCAGAAGACGCUCAAUCUCUGGCGCCCUCCCAUUCUCCGGACGCUGCCUAA